GAUGAUCUUAGUAUUUAUUUAGAAUCUGGCCCAGGGGCUCUAGCUGAUGUCAUGUGAGAAGUCCUUGUCGUAAACAAUUAAUAAUUCUUUUUAUUGACGCAAAAUAAAUUGCCGGCUUCACACUGUGAGUACACUGCGGACACACACGGAUCGGACACUUCUCCACCAGAAGACUUCAGCAGCAGCAGCAGCAGGAGGACGACUGCGUGUUUCUGUCGCUUCCUGCUUCCUCAACAAGAGUGUCUGAGAAAUCUGCAAGACGCAGCGCCAAGCGCCGCAGAACACGGAGACCCGCUGAAGCCAAGGGGAGCCCGCUUGUGUGGUUUCCAGUGCUGUUUUAGGACUGAGCGGACCUGCCGGUUUCUCCUGCGUCCUGAUCCUCCGCAUCCGCCCGAGCAUGGGCGGCGAGUCGGUCUGCAGAUAAACACACUCUAACUCUGACUGGUGACCAGUCAUGGGACCCCAGCGGACUUGGUUCCCCUGGGUGCACUGCCAGGAGAGUGAAUCCUCUAGUCCAGACGAGGAGCGGGAGCAGCGCUGGGCUGAACUCUUUGAACAGCUGGACAUCAACAAAGAUGGACACAUUGACAUCCUUGAACUGCGGAGAGGGCUGGCAGACCAGGGGCUUUCCAAAGGCUCAGUAGAGAAGAUCGUGGAGGCCGGAGACACCAACCGUGAUGGAGUCCUGGACUUAGAAGAGUUCACUCAGUAUCUUCGUAGCCAUGAAAAGCAGCUUAAAGACAUGUUUCGCAGCCUGGACAAUAACAACGAUGGUCGCAUAGAUGCAACAGAGAUUCAGGUCUGUCUUCGCAACAUUGGUGUGAAUAUUAGCUUGGAGGAUGCCAACAGGAUUUUGUUAAGUAUAGAUAAGGAUGGUACAAUGACCAUUAACUGGAAUGAGUGGCGGGACCACUUCCUGUUUAACCCUAUCACUAACAUGGAGGAAGUGGCGUGCCAUUGGAAACGCUCAUUGAUGGUGGACAUCGGUGAGCAGCUGACAGUCCCAGAUGAAUUUUCAGAAGAGGAAAAGAAGUCUGGGUUUGUCUGGCGGCAGCUGAUGGCUGGAGCCAUAGCCGGAUCUGUAUCCCGGACUGGAACGGCCCCUUUAGACAGGCUCAAAGUCUUUCGACAGGUACACGGCUCCUCUGAUUUUAAAGGGAAUGUGCUAAGCAAUUUUCAGACGAUGGUGAAAGAGGGAGGAAUCUGGUCUCUGUGGAGGGGAAAUGGAAUCAAUGUCCUAAAAAUUGCCCCGGAGACUGCUAUCAAGUUUGCAGCUUACGAACAGAUCAAGAAAAUGAUGCGUGGCAGUAAUGAAUCUAGGAUUUUAAAAGUACAUGAGAGAUUCGUUGCCGGUUCUUUGGCUGGAGCAACAGCUCAGACAGCCAUCUAUCCAAUGGAGGUGUUAAAGACCCGUCUCACACUGAGAAAAACAGGUCAAUACUCAGGAAUAGCAGACUGUGCCAAACAGAUCCUACAGAGAGAAGGCGUCGCAGCCUUCUACAAGGGCUAUAUACCUAACUUGCUGGGUAUUAUCCCUUACGCUGGCAUCGAUCUGGCUGUCUACGAGACUCUGAAGUUUUCUUGGCUGAACAGGAACAGAGGUUUAGUGGACCCAGGGGUCACGGUGCUGGUUGGAUGUGGUGCCGUGUCCAGCACUUGUGGACAACUGGCAAGUUACCCUUUGGCGCUGAUCCGUACCCGAAUGCAAGCGCAAGCUUCAGUGAAGGGAGCCCCUAAAGUCUCCAUGCUGACAUUGCUUCAAACCAUUUUGAGCCAGGAGGGCAUCACUGGACUUUAUCGAGGAAUUUCUCCCAACAUGCUCAAAGUCAUCCCCGCUGUGAGCGUGUCCUAUGUCGUCUAUGAAUACACAAGGAUAUUCCUUGGAGUGGAUAUAGAGGGUAGGAGGGUGGUACUUAGAGAAGAUGGAGGGCUGAUCCAAUUUCCUCAAUUCUCUCUAAGUAGAGAGACUUACAGGGUCUCCCAGUCCCACAUAUUUUACAUGUAAGGGGUCUGAUCUCCAUGGGGAUACUCUUUAAGAGACAUCACUGAUUGGCUACAGAGUCAGAGAACCUAGGUUACAAAGUAACUAACUGUUCUCUUAUGUAUCAAGGCUCUCUCUCCACCCAUUUUCCAUGUAUAUGAGGACUCUGUAACAAACACAGUUAGGAAACGAAGCAAAUGUAGCACAAAAUGGCAGCUGAGUACUAGUGUGAUUGUAGAGUUCUUCUACACAUAAGCAUAUGCUCAUGGUUUUGAUCCAAGAUGCUACCAAAGGUUAGCUGCCUCUCCCAAGCACUAUGCCUACUUGCAAAUGUAAGGAAAGCCACUUGGCUACAGUGAAAAAACAACAUCAUUCUCAACCAUAUGUGAGCCAUGUGCUACAGAAUCUAGCAUGUGUUUUUCAAUUAAGUCACUUUUAGCAGUCAAAUCUGGUAAAAGUGGACAAGUUCGUCCAAAAGGUAAAAGAUUUCUGUGAGAAACACAUCCUGCAAUAAAGCACAUGAGGUGGGAGAACUCCUAAAGGGAAGACAUGCAUUCUGCAGGUCCUGGACUGCCCAUUUAAAUGAAUAGUAGGUCACCUCCACAAUCCAGUGACAGGUUUUCCCAGGCAGUCUGGUCUAUUACCAACGAGUAGUUCACCUACUGAUCUCUGAGCACAAGUCUGAAAAAGAUACAUCUUGAAAACAAGGCCUUAAAGUGAAAUGGAGGUUUUGUGUAAAGCACCGCCUGCAUAAUCUGGCAGCCAGCUGCAACACUACCUGUGUGCUGAAAGGUCUGACGUUCUCACAGCUGACACCACAACCAGCAUGCACACAAAACCAUUACCUCCAAAUCCCAUGGCAGGACAGCACGGCAUAACACUACGAGCACUUUUGGCAACCAGGCAAUACAGGUGCUAGUUUAUGACGACCAGCAAAGGUUGUUUUCAUGGCUGCAAUCAGUCCCCUCAAAGCUAACAGGGACUUGUAGAAACUGGAGAAUGUCAGGGGCUGUGCAGAUGAGGGAAUCCACCUGUCUCACAUUGAACUCUCUGUUUCAACUUUGCUUGAACUACUAUGUAGUCAUACGAACACACCACCCUGUUUGAUCAAGAGCCUUCGGCAACGCUGUGGCUGGAAACUCAGAGGCCAGGCCUAAAGCCUCAGCCUCUGUGAAAGGAGAUGAUAAAUGUUGCUAAGAUACAGACCUGAUGACCACAAUGAUGAGGGUCACUCAACCUAAACUCUUUGCAGGACGAUACAGAGGCGGGUAAAGGGAUGCAGGUCAAAUAGAAGGCCCCUAAGGCCACGGAUGUGCCACUGUGCAGAUAGCUGACCGAAAACACAACCCAGCGACACAAAGCUCACAUCACCUGAGUCCUCUGAAACUGGCUGGGCUGGUGUAGCCUGUGGUGUCUUUAGGAUACAUUCUUCACAGCCUUGUGGGUGCAUCGUUAACACUUCCUCUUGAGCCUGCGGUAACAUCAAGGUUCCAUUUGACUUGAACAAAGCCGGUUGUACAAUCCUUUGGACAGACAGACCUGUCUUCACAUCUUUUCUUACCAGCAAGUGGAAACUUCUGCUAAUCACAAUUACACAAACAAUAGACACAAACACUCAAUGCAAGUUGAACAAACUGUAACACAGUGGUCACGGGAAACACACCACACAACUCCAGUCUCUCAGUUUCAACUGUGCAAACCCUGUUUAUUCUCACAAUUAGUGAUUUAGUGGUCACACUUUACAGUGCCCUUUCCUCCGUCUGCGUCCCUCUGAUUUCUCUCUCUGCUUCACACUGCCGAUCCGAACAUCCUACUGUGUAAAUAAGGGAGGUCACGAUUAGCUGAUGACUGGCAACAGUGCCAGUCAGGCCUCUGCCCCAUCCCUCCCCUGCCGCUGCGCCACAAACCGCACCCCGCCACCAUACUCAUGUUUUCUGGACUCCAUGGAAAUCAAGUUAGUAAAAAGCCCUGCACACAUUGCACCUACACUGCAGUAUUGCCAACCAUUGUGUGUACACCACAGGUGAUGUCUUAAACAGUAUACACAGUAACUGAGCUUGGGGGAUCAGUCCUUGUACAUGUGGAAUAUGUAGGGUGGAGGUACACUCCUGACUUAAAAGGGCCACAAUUAGUAAAGCAAAGCAAUAGGUAUUGAAAAAAAAAACUACUGAAGAGGCACUCUGCCAUGCAUUUUCUAGAAGAGUUACAACUGAAUAAAGCACACCCAAAGACUUUAUGUUUUACAGAAGAUGAACUGCCAAAGCCAUAUCAAGGAGCACAGAUUGUUUCAGAUAACUUCUUUGGCUAAAUGCUCAUGGGUAAUGUCACUGUUCUUAUGCAGAGAGGUAUUUGAAUGCUUUCUUACCACAUGGGCCAGUGCCAUGUACAGUAUUUUCAUAAACACUAUACUAAGACUUAUCUUUGUCUGUAUCAUGAAACAAUAGUAGUAUUUAAUGCAAGUGAACAUUUUUUCUCAAUAUCAAAAUAUGUAUCAAUGAGAAAUAAAAUGAAAGCAGUGAACUAAAUAAACUUUG